CACGUUGAUUCAACGCCCCUCAAAUCUGCUGUCCUUUACGCUUUGUACUUCACCACCAUCAUCCCCUACAGCCAUAGCACGCUUACUGUUCAAGACAUCCUAAGAGCUGUUUUCUCAUCUUCACAUCGCCAUGGCACCGAGGUCUCUUUGUUCCUGGUGGCGUUCGUUGCGGCGUUCUCAACCUCCGAGUCGCGAUGCUGGUGUAUCACUCCCCACUGAAGCCACCCCUUCAGUUGCCUCGCACGAAAUCGUCCCCACACAGGUUUCAGACUAUCGCUUAGAUCCUACUGAGGCUAAAAUGCGGCGUUCUCAACCUCCGAGUCGCGAUGCUGGUGCAUCACUCCCCACUGAAGCCACUCCAGUUGCCUCGCACGAAAUCGUCCCUACACAGGCUUCAGACUAUCGUUUAGAUCCUACCGAGGCUAAAAAGCAGAUUGAUCGCAUCCCUCGUUUUCGCAUUCUUGUCAUGGGCAGAGCAAAUGCAGGUAAAACAACUGUUUUACAGCGGGUUUGUAACACUACGGAUCAGCCUGAGAUCUUCGAUGGAAACGGGGAGAAGGUUGAUACUGGGGCGGUGCAGGGUUCACUGGGGCGUGGCUACCAUAACAUUGAGGAUGAGCUAGUGUUUAAAAGUAACCCGCGCUAUGUGUUCCAUGACUCAUGUGGAUUUGAGGCGGGGAGCGAGGAAGAGUUUGAUAAGAUGAAGAAAUUUGUUACAGAUCAAGCAAAGUCCACCAAACUGCAGAAGAGAAUACAUGCAAUUUGGUAUUGUGUUCCUUUGAAUGAAAGGCAUAGGAUGGUCAUGGCUGCUGAAAGGAAGUUCUUUAAUGAGUGUGAUUCAGGACAUGUUCCUGUGAUUGUGCUACUAACAAAGGCAGACACCUUAAAUCUUGAUGCAGUUCAGGAGCUUAUGAAGAGGGGGUUAACUAUAGAGGAUGCAAUGAAAGAGGCACCAGAGGUAGAAAAACAGUUGCAGAAGGGCUGUCUGGAAAAGAUCAAAGGGUGGCUGAAUGAAUUGAAGUUUCCACCUCAAAGCUAUGUGGUGCUCACUGGCAUGGAACAGGAAAGUGCAGAUUGUGAAGAGCUAUUGAAAUGCACAGCAAAUGCUUUGACAGAGGAAGGGCUGCAAGGACUGCUUAUAUCAUCACAGCAGUCAAACCUGGGACUCUGCAUGGAAUUUGCCAUAAUGAAGACAUUGAAGAGGAGCAUGAAGCAUGUGGAUGAUAAGAUUGGACAGGACACCUUAGCAUAUGACCUUUCAACAUGGUUCCCAUUUGAGGUGUGUGAAAUUCUGCAAGUGCAACUAUGA